UGAUGUUACACACAUCUCGGAAGUUAUACUAGUUAGCUCGGUUUUUAAUCUCGACGCAGUUUCGAGGUCAUUUUAAGGUACGCCGCUGGGAGUUAAUUUGUAGCUAGAAGCCUAAAUUAAAUAAAAUGGUGCCUAGUUAGCGUUUUCACAUAUUAAAGGAGUUGUGUCUCGGUGUCGCGGUCUGAACUCGGGCCGAAUCCUAAAUUACAUCUCAGUGUGUAUAAAAGUGCACUAGGUAGGGUAUGACAUAAUGGAUUGUACAGCCUAUCUAGUGCAUUAAGUGUACAAUAGGAGGAUAUAAUAGUAUUCUGCCAGAUAUGGCUAGUUAGGUUGUUGUUUUCUUAAUAUUAAAGUGGCUCGAAUGUAGAGUAGUAAAUUUCUGUCAAUAAAUGUAUGUACUGAAAUGAAUAGAUAAGGAGUUUUAGCAGACUAUGUCACGCAUGUGUGCAGUUCGUCUUAAUCUCCGUUCAAAAUUUUACAUAAACCUUUAAAUAAAUUGAGUGAUUUCGCCUGGCCACAAGAUCAGAGUUAUGGACAAAACACUGCAGCAUCCAGAGGGACGUGAAGCACGGGUCAUGGACCAGGUCACCUUCCGCAGUGACACUGUGCUCUCUGAUGUGCACUUACUGCUCCCAAACGCUCAUCAUCUCAUGACUCGACUCAAUAUCGUCGGACAACCAGUUUUUUUGUCGAAGUUCAGGAUUCUGCGUGAGGAGGAGCAGAAGGAGGCUUGUUCUCCGUCAGAGGAGAAGUCAUACUCUCUUCUGGACGAAGAUGGAGAUCUGGACGUAGCAAGGAAGCCAUCGGAGACGGCGCAGGGCCGCGAAACCGCUCACCCUGUCAUCCUAAGCCAGGCUGAAGGAGCGAUUAGUGAAGAGGAGGAGGAAGAUGACAUAACCGACGUCAUAAAGAUUGAGCACACGAUGGCGACGCCGCUGGAGGACGUCGGAAAGCAGAUCUGGCGAGCAGCUUUCCUGCUCUCCGACUUCAUCCUGUCCAGCUCUGCUGCGUUCAGAGGAGCGACUGUGCUCGAGCUGGGAGCAGGAACCGGAUUAGCCAGCAUCGUCGUGGCGAGUGUGGCCAAAACGGUCUACUGCACAGAUGUUGGUGAAGAUCUCCUCAGCAUGUGUCAGAGAAAUGUGCAUUUGAAUCAGCAUUAUAUUGCAGCAUCAGACGAGCGCGGUGUGAAAGUGAGACAGCUGGACUGGACCACAGACGAUUUCCUCACAGAUGCAGAUUCAGAAUUUGGCUGGAGUGAGGACGAGAUCUCGGACCUCUACGAUAACACCACGGUCAUCAUCGCAGCAGACGUGUGCUAUGACAACGACCUCACCGAUGCCCUGUUCCGGACUUUGUAUCGCAUUUCCAGUAAUCUGCGUCACUCCAGCACUGCCUACAUCAGCAUAGAGAAAAGGCUGAACUUCACUCUGCGCCACAUGGACGUGUCCUGCGAGACGUAUGACCAUUUCCGCCACUGCCUGGAGCAGAUCACGGAGCUGAGAGAGAAGAAAAUGAGGUUCACGGUGUCACCGGUUUCCUGCUCCUUCCCUCAGUUCUUCCAGUACGAACGAGUGAACCAACUGGAGCUGUGGAAAGUAUCUGUUAAUCCCUUUCAGACUCUAUCCAGCUCAACAACCUCACAAAAACGUGGUGAAAACGAUGCAACAUCAAAAACUAAUCCAGACGCAAUAUCCAAGAGUUGAUGCUCUGCUUUAUGCUGUUAUAAGUAUGCAAAACUAAGUGAGCUAAGUGCUAAGUGAAUCCCUAAUGUGAAUCCUAUUUUAUGUAAUUAAUUUAACCAAGGUUUUAUUAUAUCGGAUGAAGAAAGGUGGUGGAGAUCAAGUGAGAAUUUCAUUUUAGUUUAUUUUUAACUACAGAUUGCCCUUCUUGUUUUGGUAUCUGUCUCGCUCCAGACAGUUGGGAUUACAUACUGUGAAUUGUAAAUUAUUUAAAAUUGAUUGUGUGUUUUUGUGUGUAUUUACUGACAUUCUGAAUAAGUGCUACAAUGAAUUGAUUUCUAUAGUUCAUUUCAUUUCAAGGUGCAAUUCAAAUUGCUUUACAAAUAAAAGGAAAAAAUGAGUAAGGGUAAAAUGCAUAGAAUAAAUAUCGGGCUGAUGCAGAGUUAUAAAAUAGCAGUAAUAGAUAUAAUAUUAAGGAAAACGCCACACGAGACAUUUUUUUAAUGAAACAAUAUUUUAAACGUUUUAAAAACGGGGGAAAAAAAAGUUAAUUUCACACACACACCACCUUAGUGGUUAGCAAGUUUGCCUCACACUUCCAGGGUCAGGGGUUCAAUUCCUGCCAUGGCCCUGUGUGUAUGGAGUUUGCAUGCUCUCCCCGUGCUGGGGGGGGGGGCUCUGGAUACUCGGGUUUCCUACCCACUCCAAAGACAUGCAUGGUAGGCUGAUUGGCAUGUCCAAAGUGUCUGUAGUGUAUGAAUGGGUGUGUGAGUGUGCCCUGUGAUGGAUUGGCACCCUGUCCAGUGUGUACCCUGCCUUGUGCCCGAUGCUCCCUGGAAUAGGCUCCAGGAUUCCCCUUGACCCUGAAGGAAGGAUAAACUAAUAAAAGGAAGGAUAAAAUAAUACUUGUUUUGCGGUUUCAAACUAGCCGAAUACCUUUCGCCAUGGAGUCGGCUUUUUGCACAUUGAGAGUCGACUCGCAUAUGUGACUCAUGUAUGUGCAUGCGAGCUGGUUUCUGGACACUAGAGGGCGUGCUAUUUCAAUAAUAUAUUAGAUGGUCAGAUCAUUUGGCUCAUUUGCAAGAGUCGAUUCUUCAGGCUCCCAAGUGACUGAUGCAAUUAUUUGCAUUUACAUUUUUGGCAUUUGGCAGACGCCCUUUGCCAGCGCGACUCACAUUUAUUUCAUUUAUACAACUGAGCAGUUGAAGGUUAAGGGCCUUGCUCAGGGGCCCAGCAGUGGCAGCUUGGUUUUGCUGGCAUUUGAAUUCACGACCUUCUGAUCAGUAGACCAACGUCUUAACCACUGAGCUACCACUGCCCUGUUAUGAUUAGUGAUGCCUAUAUAUAACUAAAAUUAUUCCGGUAAAUUCUACUCCACCUACUCAUUAACAAAAAUAACAUUACUUUGCACUGCAUUAUAUCAAAUAUAAUUAAAUAAACUUUAUCCUGAAUCAGAAAUGCACAGCUAAAAGUUAAACACACACAGCUCAGGUGCUGAAAACAAGUUUCCAAGUAAACAUGUAAACGGUUUCCCAAAAAAAGAAAGAAAGUAAAAGAAUAACAACUCUUACGUGAGUGUGAACCUAAAAGAGUCGGUUCAAGGAGAUGACGUGAAAGCAUGUAAUCUGGUUUCUUUAUUUUGGGCCUAUUUAUUUAAUUUUUGUAUAUGUAUUCAAUGAAACCAUUUCACAUAUCGUUCUUUGUGAUUGUUGGUAAAGGCAUGGGGGGGGGACAAGAAACCAGCGCACAUGCACAUACAUGAGUCACACAUGCGAGUCGACUCUCAAUGUGCAAAAAUAUUCGGCUAGUUCGAACCUGCGAAACAAGUAUUCGGUUUCUGGGUUUUUAUUUUGUAGAUACUCGUCAGAAUAGUACCUUCAGUAAAAUCCGUGAAGACUGAACGCGGUGACUUGCUAUUUGGUAAGUGUAUAAAUCAACUGGUUAUUUUUCUGUUUUUAAAACGUUGUGGAAAUAUUGUUUCAUUACAAAAAAACGUCUCGUGAGUGGUUGCUCGAGGAAAUAAAAUUGCGUUCAAUUAACAAGGCAAAGAAAUAGUUUUUGUUAGAGGGAAUCAAGUAUACACAAAGUUUAACUUCAGCUUAAAUGUAGUUCAACAGCUAAGGCGAGUGUGGUAAUUACAUUUUUCUCACAUUUCACUCCUUUUGCUUUGACGCCAUUUAAAAAAUAAAACAAUUAAGAAACUCCA